AUGACGAUUCCUGCGAUUGAUCCGCCAGAUAACCUAGUCUCAGAUCCAGAUCCAGACCCAGAUGACGACGUGUUUGUCGGUGUGGUACUAGUUGCGGGCUGUGAGGAGGUAGACGAACUCGUGGUCAUUGAAGAAGAUGUGGUAGUCGCGCUUGGAUCGACUUUGAACGAAUUUAUAGCUGCGGACGCAUUCUUGCUGAGAAGAUGA